AUGCAAGUGGCAGAAAUACUAUCCGAUAUCACCUCUUUGCGGGUUUGCGGCCAUAAUGAAGCCCUUGCUUUAGUUAAUGUGAAUAAGACUAUCGAUGGGUCGAAUUCCCCUGAUAAAGGGGACGCGUCCACUGAGAGUGCCACAACUGAUGCGGACAAGGCUCAACAUGUCAAAAUGGAAAACUUGCGCCGGGCGAAAGAGCUGGUCCAGCUUCACUAUGAAGUGAAAUCGCGGCACGCCAGUGGUCAAAUCGACGAAGAACUCCGACAGGCCCGCGAAGGGGUUGAGCAGGUAUUGGCGGAGCUGGCCUGA